CUCCAGGCAGUGUAAGGGAGGAGGAGAUUGAUAGCUGGGGAAGGAGAUUCAUUAUCAUGUGAAGGGCUGGAGGAGGGAGAGAGAUAGGAGACGAAGAGGAGAGAGCAGACAAGGAGGUGGCAGACAUCCCUCCCCCUCUCUCACACACGGGUGGCUGCUCCGAGGUCCUGGUCCAGGGGCUCACAGCUCGGAAACAUGCAUCCCUAGGUGAGCUAGUGGGGGGAGGUAGGCAAACUGGGUACCUACCAGCUUUUUGAGGUACAAUUCCUGAAAUUAUAAUACCUCCCUCCAAGUCUGCAGACAGGGCAUGCAUGGAGAGAAGCCCUGGAGGGCAUCACAAGCCGAUCACAUUCUUUAUUCUUGUGUUGCUGCUGCAUUUGAACAUUCAACAUGGGGAAUAUUUCAUCCAACAUCUCCUCCUUCCAGUCCCUGCACAUUGUCAUGCUUGGUUUAGAUUCUGCUGGAAAGACCACUGUUUUGUACCGUCUUAAAUUCAAUGAGUUUGUCAAUACUGUGCCCACCAUUGGCUUCAACACAGAAAGAAUCCGUCUGAGCAAUGGAGCAGCCAAAGGUAUCAGCUGCCACUUUUGGGAUGUGGGUGGUCAAGAGAAGCUGCGUCCGCUUUGGAAAUCCUACAGUCGUUGCACAGAUGGCAUUAUCUAUGUGGUGGACUCUGUGGACUGUGAUCGACUAGAGGAGGCCAAGACUGAAUUACACAAGGUCACCAAGUUUGCAGAAAACCAAGGAACCCCUCUUUUGGUUAUUGCCAACAAACAGGACCUACCCAAAUCCCUGGCAGUGUCUGAGAUAGAGAGGCAGUUGGCACUACAAGAACUGAGCCCCUCUACACCUUACCAUGUCCAACCAGCCUGUGCUAUAAUUGGAGAGGGGCUCACUGAAGGCAUGGAUAAACUGUAUGAAAUGAUUCUAAAAAGAAGGAAAACUCUCAAGCAGAAAAAGAAACAGCGAUAACGUCCGACAGUAUGAAAUGCCUACCAAAGAUGCCCAUGCUAGCUGCACAUUUUCUGCUUAUCAGCAAGUUUUCACCAUGGAUCGGAUCCCGUUGGUUAUGUUUCGUUGGGAAUUACAAGAAAUGAACAUGUGCACUAAAUGACAAUGGGGACUUUGCUAGUGAAGCCCCCAAACCUGAGUGUUUAGACCUUGCACUGGAGGCAGGAUUUACCCCAGGCGGGGCAGGACCCUGCCUUUUAUCCCCCUGUAUGUUGAAGGAGAUUGCCGUGCACUUGCAGAGCAACACGUCAACACUCUUAACUCAACAAAAAAUGUAAUACUCAACUAUCUGUCCCUGUGUGGCCUACUACUAUAAUUGCAGGAGCGUAACACUAAUGGUCCUGAUAGAGGACGGCUGACAAAUCUCCUGUUUGUCAGUGGACAGCAGACUUGGUAUGACUAGGGACAACACGCAAUGUAUUAUUUUCAAUGUAUUUCCCUACAAGAAAUGAAACUUGAAAGUGUUUAUUGUAUUGUUGACAAUGUUUGUGCACAUAUUCUGGUCACCUGGUGCUGGUGAAACAGUGUGCAUGUCCUGUUGUCACAACUACUCACUGGAUUGGUAAUGCUAUAGACUUGUCACUGUUUCAUCUCAUGAGGUUAAUGAAGCUGGGGACAUGUACUGGUAUCAUUAAAAGGACAUGAAACCCAAUUUUUUUCUUUUAUGAUUCGGAUAGAGAUUGUGAUUUUAAAUAACUUUCAAGUUUACUUCUAUUAUUUAAUUUGUUUUGUUCUCUUGGUAUUCUUUGUUAAAAAGAUACCUCGGUAGGCUCAGUAGCUGCUGAUUGGUGGCUGCACAUAUAUGUUUCAUGUUAUUAGCUAACCCGGUGUGUUAACAAGCUCCCAGAAUAAAGCAAAUUAGAUAAUAGAAAUAAAUUGGAAAGUUGUUUUAAAAUUGUAUGCUCUAUCUGAAUCAUGAAAGAAAAUUUUUGAGUUUUAUGUCUCUUUAACAAACAGUGGGUGAUGCUGUGGACCUGUCCUGAGAUUAUCUUCUCUUUGAAUAUUGAUACUCUUUAUGUCCUUGUCUCAUUCUCAUGGUUUUUUUUAAUGCCAAGAAAUUCCACGGAUUACGAUUUCCUGGUGCUGUGGUGUCACCUCCAUCAAGACCAUGGUGAUGCCAAUGACUUGUUAUGGAGUCAACAUCUCCUAGGGUAGUGGUGAUGCCAUGAAUUGUCCUUGUUGUCACACCAUCUCCUUGGGGGGUUUGUUGUUUCCCUGGACAUGUCCUGGUGUUCCACUUGGUAGGUUUGGGCUGAUAUCUUUCUCCACAUUUUGUCUAUGUCUUCCACCUCCUAGCUUUCUCUCUGUAUUUAAACCCUUUCUGACUGGGUGAGUCUGUAAUGCAUUGGAAGGGUGUUAGUUCUGCAGAGGUGCUUGAUGGGGGUCUGUGCUGUUACUGCUGCAUGAGAUUAUUUUAUGGGAUUUCUGGGGCCUGCACUACCAGUCCUCAUUACUUGCUCCUGUACUGAACAAACUGCUGGAUAUUCCUUAUUCUUGCUUGCAGUCUGUGCAUUUCAUUCUUUUGUCUCAUCUCAGUUCCUGUGUGACCAACUGGAAGAAACAUACUCUCUGUUAACUGUUGAGACUACUAGGCCUUUACUGCUACCUGGGCCCUCACUCUGCCUCAUGUUUUAUGUCAGGCCAGACAGUUUGUCUACUGCAUCCUCAUGUCUGUCCAGCUGUGUUUACACCGGUGAAGAAAAAAUAAAUAUGUUUUACAAAACAA